GUUAUCCCUUUUUUAAUUUUUUUUUUUUUUAGAAAAAAAAAAAAUUGAUUCUCUUUCCAUUUUCCAAAAUCCGAGACUUGCCCAUUUCACAAAAUCAUGAUAGAACCUCAAAACUAGAAGAAUCACUCUCCGAAGAACACAAACAACGCCGUAUUUAUGUAAUCCCUCUCCGUUUCAUUCCCUUUCAAUCGCUCUCUCUUUCCCAUUUUCUUUCCCUUUUGAAAGAUUCGAUUAACCGACGUUUUUCCCGAUCUGGGUUCUUCGAUUUCCGGUGAAAAUGGGCGAAGAGAGUGAUGAAUCGAGGGAAGAAAUGACCUAAAUGACACCAAAGUCCCUCAAAAAACACAGAGAUAGGAGAGAUUCAGAGUGAUAAUGUACAAAAAAAACGCUGGAAUCGUCAAGGCUUGGAAAGCAACCGUUCGUAAAACCCAAAACUCCGCAAAGAAAAGGGCUAAUAGCAUAUUUUCAGCAAUGUCCGUCGCUCCAGCAGACGACGAACCAGGCCCUGGUGAGCUUCAUCACGCGGAGAGAGCGAUACCCAAUGGCGAUUUCUACACAGGGCAAUGGAUGGAUAAUAUGCCACACGGCCAUGGCAAGUAUCUUUGCACCGAUGGGUGUAUGUACGUUGGCGAAUGGUAUAAGGGCAAGACAUUAGGCAAGGGCAAAUUCAGCUGGCCUUCUGGCGCUACUUAUGAAGGCGAUUUCAAAAGCGGGUACAUGGAUGGUAAAGGUACUUAUACUGGCUCUUCUGGUGAUACUUAUAGAGGGUGUUGGGUUAUGAAUUUAAAACAUGGACAAGGAACACAAAACUAUGCUAAUGGGGAUUAUUAUGAAGGGGAAUGGCGUAGAGGGUAUCAAGAUGGGCAGGGGAGAUAUCAAUGGAAGAAUGAACAUCAUUAUAUUGGUCAAUGGAGAAAUGGGAAGAUUCAUGGUAAUGGAACAAUGGUUUUGAAUGAUGGAAAUCGAUAUGAUGGGUGUUGGGAAGAUGGGUUACCUAAAGGGAAUGGAACGUUUAGAUGGAGUGAUGGGAGUUGUUAUGUUGGUGUUUGGAGUAAAGAAUGUGAUGAACGGAGUGGAACAUUUUAUCCUUGUGGUUCAUCAAAGGAUGAAGAAAUGGCAUCUGAUCCUCAGGGGAUGUUGGUUGAGUAUUUGAAUGAUUGUGUGGUUUGUAAUGGGGAGAGGAUAUUGAUUUAUCCGUCUCAGAAGAUGAUAACAUGGUCGGGGAUUGAUAUCGGUUCGUCGCCGCAGAAGUUGAUGGUAUCUAGGAAAGGGAUUGAUGGGAAUAGGAGAUUGAAAAGAUUAUCUGUUGAUGGGAAAGUUUCGAAUUCUAGUUUUGAUUCGAUGAAUGAUGGAUCGACGAAUGAAGGGAGUUCGAGAAAUAGGAAAGGAAUUGGGAGUCGUCAUCAUCAUCAACGACAUGAUUUCGAACGGAAAGGGAAACGACAAUCGAAUUUGAGAUUUCAGCCUGCUAAUAGACAGGGUGUUACGAUAUCGAAAGGACAUAAGAAUUAUGAACUCAUGUUGAAUCUGCAACUCGGGAUUAGGCAUUCUGUUGGGAGGCCAGCUCCAACGACAACGCUUGAUCUAAAGUCGUCGGUUUUCGAUCCGAAGGAGAAAAUCUGGACGAAGUUUCCACCAGAAGGUUCCAAGUAUACACCACCUCAUCAAUCUUCUGAUUUCAAAUGGAAGGAUUACUGUCCUGUUGUCUUCAGGACUCUUAGGAAACUGUUCAAGGUCGAUCCAGCUGAUUAUAUGCUAUCUAUAUGUGGAAACGAUGCCCUUCGGGAACUCUCGUCCCCCGGAAAAAGCGGGAGUUUCUUUUAUUUAACCUACGACGAUAGAUACAUGAUUAAAACGAUGAAGAAGGCUGAAGUGAAAGUUCUCUUGAGGAUGCUUCCUGCCUACUAUAAACACGUUCGAUCGUUCGAAAAUACUCUCGUCACUAAAUUUUACGGUCUUCAUUGUGUUAGAUUGACGGGUACUUCACAAAAGAAGGUUCGAUUCGUGAUAAUGGGAAACCUGUUUUGUUCCGAGUACACUAUCCACCGACGUUUCGACUUGAAAGGUUCUUCACAUGGUCGGAUAACUGAUAAACCGGAGGCCGAAAUCGACGGAACGACUACGCUUAAAGAUCUCGAUCUUAAUUAUAUAUUCCGAUUGCAGAAGAUUUGGUUUCAAGAUUUUUGUAGGCAAGUAGACAAGGACUGUGACUUUCUUGAACAGGAGAGGAUCAUGGACUAUAGUCUAUUAGUUGGUCUUCACUUCCAAGAAACUUCGGAUCGGGAACCGAACAGGCUCGAUAGCCAAGAUUCAGGAAGUAGAGAUCCCGACUAUGAAGCAGACGGUCAAUUCACGGAACAAGACUCGGGCAGGUGGGCUUCCAUUAGAUUAGGCAUCAAUUUGCCAGCACGGGCAGAACGGACGGUGAGACAAGGAGAACCCGAAGCUCAGCUAGUAGGAGAACCAACUGGGGAGUUAUACGACGUGAUCAUUUUCAUCGGUAUAAUCGACAUACUACAACACUAUGACAUCAGUAAGAAACUCGAACAUGCUUAUAAAUCGUUUCAAUACGAUCCAUCAUCGAUAUCUGCUGUCGAUCCAAAGCAAUAUUCAAAACGGUUUCGAGAUUUCAUCUUCAGAAUUUUUGUAGAAGACACUUGAAGAAGUUAUACUGACCAACCCAAUUCAUCAAAACUUGCACCAGUGGCCAUCGUUGUACAGUCGGUCCGUUGUGAGAAAUGAUAUCGGUUUUUGAUAGUCGUAGCAUUCGGCCACGAGAAGAAGACGUAAAGAAAAGAAACAGGUAACCAUUUGGUGUAUAAAGUAAAGUAACCAUGUAGAGCUUUGGCAAUUAUGCAUUGUAUUCUUCCUUCUAAGUUAGAAAAUUGUGAUAUGAUUUAGAAAAGUUAUAGAUGAGAGUUGUUCACCCAACUCUUACUAAUUUGUAAAUGUAUCUCUUAACACAAUGGUUGAAGCCCCAAAUAACUUGAUUUCCAUUGUUCUUUUC